AUUGCUUUAGGAGAAAUGAAGAGAAAAUGGCAAGAAAGACUGAAGAAAGUGGAAGAACUAGCAUCUCACUAUGAAAGAAAUCCUCUUCCUACAGUUUAUAGACCAAGACUCUCCAAACCCUCUAUGCCAUCCUCUGUUUGGAAAAUAUUUUCUCGACAGGCUGAAGCUUUUAAUUAUGUAAAAGCCUGCGAAGAGGAUGUUCAUGUGUUUGCUUUGGAAAAGAACACACAGAGUGGACAGAGGUUUUACCUUGUGACAACAUAUGAAGAGCUUUGGUUUUAUUACACUCAAGGUUGCAAAACAAGUCUUAUGCAUUGCUAUGAAGUAAUUCCUGAAAAAGAUGCUUGCAAACUUUAUUUUGAUUUGGAGUUUUACAAACCAGCAAAUCCUGAUGCAGAUGGCAAGAGUAUGGUCAUGAAGUUAAUUGAGCUUGUCAGUCAAAAAUUAAAACAAUUUUAUGAUGUAAAUUGUUCAUCGGAAGAUGUCUUGAACUUGGAUUCCAGUACUGAUGAAAAAUUUAGUCGGCAUUUAAUAUUUCUACCCCAAAAGACUGUAUUUAAGGAUAACACUCAUAUUGGUAACUUUGUGAGAACCAUUUUGCAGCCUGCCAUAAGAUUAAUGCGGAGUAGGGCUGCUGUGAUUCCAACAGAAGAAGCAGGGAAUGUUUUCCAGUGUUCUGCAGGAGCUGGAUUAGAUGGUUCUCUUACAAACCUCCCAGCUGUUGAAGAUGAUUCUAAAGACAGGCCAGCCAUUGCUCAUGAAACAAAGGAUAUGGAAAUGCCACACCAGGGAGAAAAUUUGGAUUUUUCCUUCCUAAUAGUAAACGAUAAAGAAGGCAACAAGCAGCUUUUUGUGGAUCUAGGAGUUUAUACAAAGAAUAGAAAUUUCCGGAUGUAUAAGUCAUCAAAAGCAGGAAAAAAUGUGAUUCUGAAGAUAGCAGAGGAUAAUAAGUUUAUCCCCAACUGUGAAAAGGAUGUUUCCUUGGAAGAGGCAUAUUUUCUUUCCUCUUUAAUCUGCAACACUGGAGCAAGUGAUGACAUAAAAGUUCUGUCAUCUGGCUUUUCAGAGGAGGAGAGAAAAAUGUCUGCUUUUUUAAACAGUAAAACUACCAGAAGCAGCAGAGAUCCCAUGGAAGGUUACCAGGGUUCGCCAUAUCCAGAAAUUGAUAAUUUUGUUCGUUCCUUGGUUAAUAAAGAUGGGCUACAAGGAGGGAUAAGACAAUGGAGUUACUUCUCUCUCAAAGAACUACUUAUUUAUGAUAUUUCUGGUUAUCGUUGGUGUGAAAAUAUCGGAAGAGCUCACAAAAGUAACAAUAUAAUGAUUCUGGUAGAUCUAAAGAAUGAAGUCUGGUAUCAAAAGUGUCACGAUCCUGUCUGCAGAGAACAAAACUUCAAAUCACAAAGUUUCCCAUUGCUGCCUGGGAUAUGCCUCCCAUCUCUUUUCAAAGAGGAAGAAGAGUCCAUGCUAAUGGAUGACAGGGGGCACACAGAAGGAAAAGUACAUCCACAUUCUAAUGUGUCAGACUUGUCAAAAAGCUCAGUAUCCCCAGAGAACAGCUGGUCUCAAGACUUCCUGUUGUCAGACAGUGAGUGGGAAAACACAAGUGAUGAUGUCUGUUUCCUAGAAGCUGCUGAAGAUGUGGAACUAGCGGAAGCUGCAGAUGACAGUCUGAAUUAUGCCAUGGAAGAAAUCCCAGAUGAAGUUCUUUUGGAAGCUUUAAGGAAAGAAGACCUCUACACUAAAGAAGGCAGCUAAGCACAGGCCUGGCCAGCAGUGGAUGACACUUGUGUGGCUCAUGCUAGUGUGAAAGGUCCUGCAGGGUGGCUCACAGGCACUGCUCCAGAGCUGCAGGACAAAGAACGGAGUGCCUGGGUGAACUUCAGCAGGCAUGAGGAGAUAAUGGAAGGUUACGUGGGGGCUGAAGAGAACUGGACUAAAAUACUCAUUACGAAUGCUGCUCCAAGCUUAGCACUUUUAACGCUCUUUGCUGUACAGUUUCUGUUUUGUUAGUUGUAUGUCCAAGUUUUAUUGAGGACCCAACAAAACAGACUUCUUAUUUCCAUAAACAAGAUUAAAUAAUUUAUUUCA